AUUGCUUUUCCUGUUUCCAGCCGAACCACUUUGACUGUAGUACACAGUUAUCACAUGGUUUGUUCUAAGUGCGCGAAGCAGAUACCGCGGGAAAGAGUACACUGUUGCAAUUGCACACUGUAAUGUAUUUGGGAUGCUGAUCAUUUUUACAUAUUAAUAUUGUAAAGUCUCUGUAGUUUUAUUUCUAACGAGCUAGUAAGUGAUUUUAACAAUACUUAUUUUGUAAACUUGGUAAACGCUGAAAGCAAACAAUGUUAACCUCCAAGCUGUUGACCCUGGUCUUGGUGGUGCAGCCUGGUCGGAUACUUUUGGGUAUGAAGAAAAGGGGAUUUGGCGCGGGGAAGUGGAACGGUUUUGGCGGAAAGGUCCAGCCUGGGGAGACCAUUGAAGAAGCAGCCAGGCGUGAGCUGCUGGAGGAAAGCGGUCUUACGGUCGACUCGCUGGACAAGAUCGGGAACAUCAAGUUCGAGUUUGUGGGAGAGACGGAGCUGAUGGACGUUCACGUGUUCCGGGCCGAUUCGUUCAACGGUGACCCGACGGAGUCUGAUGAAAUGCGUCCGCGGUGGUUCGACUGGGAGUCCAUCCCCUUCGACCAGAUGUGGGCGGACGACCAUCUCUGGUUUCCCCUCAUGCUGCAGAAGAAGAAAUUUUUGGGCUACUUCAAGUUCCAGGGGCACGACGUGAUCCUUCACCACCAGCUGGAUGAGGUGGAUGAGAUCUGAGAAGCACUGUAUAACAACUUUCAGAAGAACCUGUCCCCUGCUCACACUGAAACCGACGCCUACGUUUGUUCCGAAUCCGAUAACGCGGCCACACCCUGCCUCGGCCAGUGGGACCCGUGGGAGAACUGCUAGUUCUGCAGAGCAGAGUUAGCAGCUCUACGGAUACCGUUAGCAGGUGUACGGUAUCCGUAGAGCUGUCCCAUAAUUGUAAGCCAAAACUGUUAGCCUACAUUAUUGGAACCCCACCCUCCAGAAAUUUGAAAGGGUGUAAAUUAACACAUUCAUCCUCUGUGCUCUCUGGCCAGGCCACCUGUUUCAAGUCCGCAGUUCGGUGGUCUGCAGAUGGGCUGCUAUCGUAGGUAGUCCACAGGUGCCCGACUGGUCCCUAUUGCGCCAUAACGAGGGUUAACCUUGCCAGCCGAAGCCAUCCAUUCCUCUUCAGCAUUGUGGCCAGUCAUGCCCCUUUCAUUAAAAAAAGCAUUUAAACUAAUGAAAGCCGAUGAAAAACACAGUAAAGCAGUACUGUAAAAUUUUAACCCUGUGAUUUUUGGAAUGUUUUGUUUUUUCAAAAUUCUAAGUCAGCGUUCUAGAACUCUGUUGCUUUCUAUUACCAGUGGUGAUUGCUACACCAGCAUUAGAAUGUUCAGUUAAGAACAUCCUAAUUACACAUUUGUGAUCUUACACCUUUCAGGGGUAAAUAUGGUCCACUUAAUUUUUGAUGAAUAUCUGUGAACUUUUGGUUCUGUCCCUUGCGAUAUACAAAUUUGAACUCAAACUGGGACCAGAGCUUGGCGGUGAAGUGAGCUGAGAAAAAACAGAUUAGGCUAAUCGGUUCGCUGAAGUGGCUCAUUUUGAUUUAUGAAUUAAGCGUAAGUAACUUUAGUCAAAUUUUCCUAUUCAGAGAGCACUUCAGUUUAGCAGAAUUUUCAACACUCAUUUCUGGAUCAUUUUUCAGGCCUGCCCAAGUGUGAGAGAAUUGGUGAUUAUGAUUGAGAAUCUCUCUUUGCCAGCUAGCCAAUGUGCUGUCACGACCGCACUUUGAAACAAUUAUGAAUAUUUCAGCGACUCAUCCAAAUGUUUGAAUUUGGCCGAAAUCAAAUAUGCACUGAGAAUACACUUUUCAUUCAUCAGUGGGAUAAGUCUCUAAGAAAGCCUUGCAGUUUCAGCCCUGUAGCACAUAGUUGCUACCUCUUAUGAAUGGGAUUGUAAUAUUAUUGUAACUUGGCUCAGGGAUUACAUUGAGCCAUCUUGCAAACUUUGAGAACCACUACUAAAGACAACCAGGUACUUUUGUUGCAACAUUAGACACCUUGGUUGGAAAACAGGAUUGUGCUUGUUUUAAAAGGUGUUCACUGUUUUUCAGGGUGAAUUGUGAUUUAAAAUGCCUUUCAGUACAAGCGGGGUUGGGUCAGUUAGCCAAGACCUUUCUUCUAGCCUAUUGAUUGAAUUUACCCACAGUGACGACCUUGGUCCUUCACUUCACUGUUGCAAUUUUUUUUUCUUUGUUUGAAAGAAAGCCUUUAACAGGUAAUGUUCUUGUAUUUGUAUUUCUUGUAUCAGCUUUAAAAUGGCUGGCCCAUCUCAUAUACUGUACAGAAAUUGAUGUCUGAAAAGAAUUAAACAAAUUUGAGCAUUGUCCAGAAUGCACAGGUGCCAAUCGAGAAUGGGCUAAUUAUGGUUAUGGUUAUUAUGUAGACAUGGAAUCGAAAGUGUGUUAGAUUACCUUAACCCUUUGAAGAGCAAAUUGGUUUAGAAUGAAGUCGGUGUUCUAGAACUCCAUUGCUUUUGCUUACCGGUAGUGGUUGUUACAUCAGCAUUAGAAUGUUCAGUUAAGAACAUUCUAACCACAUAUUUGUUAUCUUACACCUUGAAGUGUUAAAGGGGACAUGAAGCUCCGAAGUCUCUGCAGACCCGUCACCCCCGUCCCACAGGUGGACUCCGCCAUUUCAGAGCAGCCAGCCAGCGGCACAGUCGUAGCAGCGUCCUCGGAGGCAGUUUGUGAAAAUUAAUAAGUUUUGUUCCGUAAUACUCGUUUGAACAUCCCGAGGCAAUAAAGUACAAAAGGACCCAAGGGUUCUUGGUUUUGUAUUUUCCUCCCAAUUCAUUGUCGAGCUCAUUGAAAGUCAGCAGUCUAGUAAUAGGAGUAGCAUGAGCUGCCAAGACAAACCAACCUAGUGAUGUCACAACCUAGCUUGUUCCAAGAUGGCUGCACCCUAGUGCUAGUAGUUGCAAAAAAAAGCUAACUUUAUUUUUCCAGCAAAUACUGGUGAAUUUCAGAUUUGAAUGCAGGGCUAUAUUUUAUUUUAAGGUCAAAAACAAAUGAACCAGAGAUGCAUUGCUGAGUGCUUCACAUCCUGUUUAUGUCAGCAAUUUAUUCUCUAAAAUAAAAUGAGAAACACUAA